AUGGCCCGCGGAAUCUCAGGCGGGCAGGCGAAGAGGUGCAACAUCGGCAUAGCGCUGCUGAGCGACCCGCGCAUCAUCUUCCUGGACGAGCCCACCUCGGGCCUCGACUCAUACACCUCCCACGAGGUGAUGGAGCUGGUGAUGGCACUGACGAAGACGCAUAACAGCAUAACGGUGUGCGCGACCAUCCACUCACCCUCGCCCCAGACCUUCAACCUCUUCGACAAGGUCAUCAUCCUGCUGCGCGGCCGCAUCGUCUACUUUGGCGACAACGGUGACUAA